UCGGAAGAAAGUGGGAAAGUGGACGUCGGCGACCACUGGGGAAGCGAGAUGAAGUGCUUGGAGAAGUCUUCAACCAGGGUGGGGGCGAUGAAGAGAUGAGGAGCCGUCCGGCGGUCCGAUGCCGCAGCUCCCCCCUCCCCCGGGGCCGCACUGUGGAGAGGCGGACCUGCAUCCCAAAACCGGCCUUUUUUUUUUUUUUUUUUUUUUUAACCAUCUCUCUCUCUCUCCCUCUACUCGCUCCCCUCUUCCUCAUUGCAGUCUUCUCACGUUCUCUCCUCCUCAUCCUCAUCUUCUCUGCCUCCCUCAUCCGCCUCCACAGGAGAGAGAGAGCGAGCGAGCGAGAGAGAGAGAGAGGCAUGCAGGAAGAGUGCGGCUGAACGUGGAAGACAUGUCGACAGUCAGCCUGUAAAAAAAAAAAAGUCGUCUCCCGGUCGUUCCCCGGAUUCUUUUGGCGGAUGAGGGCCCGACGCCGGGCCGUAGCCUCCGGCCGCCGCCGCCGCUGCUGCUGCUGAGCUGAGAGGAGGGAGAAGCGGCGCCGAGGAUGCAGUGGGUCACCCUGGCCGUGGCCCUGGGGUGCGCGCGUCUGGCCCGGCCGUCGCACGGCCCCACCCCCACCCCCACCUCCACGCACACCCCCCUGGUGGACAACUCCGAGGAGGAAGUGGACGAGCCCUGCUUCGAGCCGUGCGCGUGCGAGGUGAAGGAAGGCGUGCUGCACGUGCACUGCGAUGGGCGGGGCUUCACCAACGGCAGCCAGGUGUCACAGUCGUGGGUCCGCCCUUUCAAACUCAACCUCCAGAGGAACUCGCUGCGGCGUCUCUAUAGCAACGGGUUCCAGCACCUUGGCAACGCCGUGUCCAUCAACCUGGGCAACAACGCGCUGCAGGACAUCCGGGUGGGCGCCUUCAACGGCCUGGCCAGGCUGAGGCGCCUCUACCUCCACGAGAACAAGCUGGAGGUCUUCAGGAACGACACCUUCGCCGGCUUAGAGGCUCUGGAGUACCUCCAGGCCGACUACAACGUGAUCAAACGCAUCGACAGCGGUGCACUGAGGUUCCUCUACAAGCUCCGGGUUCUGAUCCUGAAUGACAACCUGAUCCCCGUCUUGCCUGCGCAUCUUUUCAGAUCUGUGUCGCUGACCCACCUGGACCUGCGGGGCAACCGUCUUAAGAGUCUGGCAUAUGCCGGGACCCUGGAGUACGUGGGCCGCUCCCUGAUGGAGAUCCAGCUGGAGGAGAACCCCUGGAACUGUGGCUGCGAGGCGGUCCAGCUCCAGUGGUGGCUGGGUCAGAUCCCGUACACGGCGGUGGUCGGGGACGUCACCUGCGAGUAUCCCUUUCACCUCCACGGCAAGGACCUGAGGGAGAUCCUUCGCAAGGAACUGUGCGCGGAUCUCCCGGAUAAAGAGUUGCAAGCGGAAGGCGGGAGACCGUCGGGGGGAACGCAGCCCCAGCAUUUGCCCCCUAACUCCAAGACCAACCCGGGGCGAGCCAGGCCGACGAAGCCCUCCUCCAUGGUCCACGGCUCCCGCCAGAACACCCACGCCUCGUCCACGUCGUCCUCUUCUUCUUCCGCAGAGCGCAGGGACAAGGAGAGGCACCCGCGCCCCACAAAGCGUCCCCGACCUUCCAGGACGCCCCCGACAUCUCGCAGCCCCAACCAGAACCCCCCCGUGGCCGGCUACCAGACCCGACCCCCCAUCCCCAUCAUCUGUCCCCUGGGCUGCACCUGCAACCUCCACAUCACCGACCUGGGCCUGACCGUCAACUGCAAGGACAACGGCUUCCUCAACGUGUCCCAGCUGACGCCGCGGCCGCUCAACGGGCGCAAGCUGUACCUGAGCGGGAAUUUAAUCCAGAGGAUCUAUCGCAGCGACUUCUGGAAUUUCUCCAGCCUGGAUCUGCUUCACCUGGGGAGCAAUCGCAUCUCCUACCUGCAGGAGGGGGCCUUCUCCAGCCUGACCAGCCUGAGGAGUCUCUACCUGAACGGGAACAACCUGGAGCGGCUCAGCCCCGACAUGUUUCUGGGCCUGCAGAGUCUAAGGUACCUUUACUUCGAGUACAACGAGAUCCGGGAGAUGGAGCGCGGCACCCUGGACUCCAUGCCGUCCCUCCAGCUGCUCUUCCUCAACGCCAACCUCCUGCGGAGCCUCCCGCCGGGGGUGUUUUCCGGGGUCAACCUGGCUCGACUCAACCUGAGGAACAACCACCUGCUGCAGCUUCCGGCGGACGGCGUGCUGGAGCACCUCACCGGCCUGGUGCAGGUGGACCUGCAGCAGAACCCGUGGGAGUGCAGCUGCGAGGCGGCGCCGCUCAAGCGCUGGCUGGAGGGCCUGAGCGCCGUGGUGGUGGUGGGGGAGGUGGUGUGCCACUCCCCGGACAAGACCAAGGGCGUCGACCUGCGCUCGAUCUCCAUGGAGCUGCUGUGCCCCGAGCUGGAGCCCCAGGAGGACCAGGAGCACCGGACGGUCACCCCCGUGGUCCCAGACAGAGGGGUGCCGCUCGGCUACCCCAACUCGGGCCCGCUGGUCCCCCCGGGGAAGGAGUCGAUCCCGCUAUCGGUGCUGGUGCUCAGCCUGCUGGUGUUGUUCGUCUCGGCGUUCUUCGCGGCGGCGGCGCUAAUCGCCUACACCCUGAGGAGGAGGGACAAGCUGCCGUUCCGCCGCCAGGGAGAGGUGGACUUGGCCGGCAUCCAGAUGGAGUGCGGGAUCUUCACCGAGCAGACGCACCACCACCAUCACCACCACGGGCUGGCCGGGACGCCCACCCUGCCCGCGCCGGAGCACAACCACGUCUAUGACACUAUCCCGCCCCCGGGGGCCGCAUCGAAAGCCCCCGACCCCCAGGGGCAAGGCGCGGCUACGAAGGCGAAACAACAACCGAGCUACUGCUCUCCCGCCGACAAGGACAUGGAGUGGACCCUGCAGGUAACCUCGUCCCCCAUUAGCACCGUCGCCGGGGCGAUGGGGCGACUCGCCGGCCUGCACGAAAACGGCAUCCUGUGCCCCACUGUCAUCGACAGCCAGGGCCCGACUCCUAAAGUGGAGCUGGUGGACUGCCUGUUCCGACUCCCUACCCCGGAGUUCAGAGAUAUGUCCGAUCGCUACGCCAGGCCGCCGCCCCGCUACCCUCACCCCCAGGAGUCCUCCCAGGACGCCCAGACGGUAGUGGUCACAACAACCUCCGCCGCCGGCGCCAACGGCGAUCAGGGGGGCGAUCAGGGCGCCAGACUGAUGACUACGCCGGACUACAUGGAGGUCCUGGACCGCUCUUAUCAGUUUUAGCACUCAUCUCUCGCAUUCAUUAGAAAUGAAUCACAGGAAGAAGGACUUCUAACGCUACACAACCGUGGAGGGGGGCGGUCACCUUUUUGAAGGACGACUCCUAAAGCUACACAACUGGGGUGAGGUCACCUUUUUGAAGGACGACUCCUAAAGCUACACAACUGGGGGGAUCACCUUUUUGAAGGACGACUCCUAAAGCUACACAACUGGGGGGUCACCUUUUUGAAGGACGACUCCUAAAACUAGACAAAAGGGGAGUCACCUUUUUGAAGGACGACUCCUAAAGCUACAUAACCGGUGGUCACCUUUUUGAAGGACGACUCCUAAAGUUACACAACUGGGGGGGGUCACCUUUUUGAAGGACGACUCCUAAAGCUACAUAACCGGUGGUCACCUUUUUGAAGGACGACUCCUAAAGCUACACAACUGCGGGGGAUCACCUUUUUGAAGGACGACUCCUAAAGCUACAUAGCCGGUGGUCACCUUUUUGUACCUCCCACUACCGCUACUACGAUCUUGUACCGUUGAUAUCCCCGCAAAGGAGACCUAACCCCCAUUGGCGAGGCAGUGGGCUUUCUUCGGGGGGGGUCCGUGGAAAAGGUUUCUCACGCUGCAGGUGAAACACGAAAUACAAGCUAAGCAAAAGACAGGAAGAGGAGAGAACAGCCAAGUGCCUUAGCAGCGAACAGCCAGCAAGUGUGGUCAAUGCUUAUUUUUCUAAUGAAUACAGAUCUAUUUAUCUAGGACAACCGAUCGGAGGCACCCCAACAAUCUACUCAAACACCCCUGGAAUUGUUUGUAGGCACUUGAUUUGCUCUCAUCUCACCCGGUUAACUUAAUUUGCUUCAACUUUUCCGUUGUCGUUGUUGUUGUUUUUUAAGUCGAGGGACACGUCUGCCAAAUUCCACACCAACGCAGCAAAGAGACGGAAAUAUCGUUGUUGUUUUUUUGAGACCAACGAGGAAGGACAUUGUUUUUUGGGAUAGUUUCAUAAUCAGCCAGACUUAACGAGGCCUCCAGGACCUCGGCGCCACGUUUUUUUUUUUUUCUUUGAUCGAGGUUAUUGAUUUUUUUUAAGUGCAUCUCAGAGGAAAAAAAAAAUCGGAUGGACAAAAAAAAAAAAAGAUUAAAAAACGAGGAUGUGGAGGCACCCUUUCUUAACAAAGACAAACAAGACAGUACCAAUUAUUAUCUUUUAUGAAGAUACCUUUUUAUGCUUUCAUCUCUUACCAAUAGUAGAGUGUGAAUAUAUUUAUUCUUAGUUUCUUCCUUCUGUAAGGGAUCAUGUUAUAUUACUGUAUAGGAUGAUUCUGCAUCUGGUUCCGCCUUCUUACCGCCAACCCGAGUACAAUAAAGGGUGCUACAUACAAAAUAUAA